AAGAGCCUGAACCACAGAAGAACAUAAAAGAAACCAAACAAGUAGAUGAUGAAGACGCUGAGCUCAUCUUUGUUGGUGUGGAACAUGUAAAUGAAGAUGCUGAGCUAAUCUUUGUUGGGGUGACUUCAAAUUCAAAACCAGUCGUUUCAAACAUUUUGAACAGAGUCACCCCGGGUUCAUGGUCAAGGAGAAAAAAGUAUGGUCACCUUAGAAAAGAUACUGCUGACAAAUUGCAGCCUACAAGUCAUGAGACCCUUACAUCAGAAGCAGUGACCGACCUGCCAGCUUCCCAACUUGAAUCGAGAUCAACAGAUAGUCCUAUUAUUAUUGAGCCUUUGUCUAAACCUGAUUAUAAAAAUAGUUCACCACAAGUUGUGCCUAAUAACUCUUCAGAAUUACCUUCUCCUUUGAUUACAUUCACAGGUUCAUUGCAUCAGCCAGUAAGUGCAGCACUUUCAGUAGGAGAUAUAAAUGAAAGUCCUCAUAUAUCAAAGCGACUUUCCACUUUCGAAGUAAACAGCAUAAAUCCCAAAAGGGCUAAACUCAGGGAUGGAAUUAUGGAAGGAUACUCUUCAGCUUCGUCCCCUUCAGAUACCUUUCAUACAAUGAAUACCCAGCAAAGUACACCCUCAAACAAUGUUCAUACCUCAUUAAGCCAUGUUCAGAAUGGAGCACCUUUUCCAGCAGCUUUUCCAAAGGACAAUAUCCAUUUCAAGCCUAUAAAUACAAAUCUUGAUAGGGAAAAUGAAUUGACAAAAACAGACAUUAUGAGUCUAACAAGUCAAAACAAGACCUUUGAUCCCAAGAAAGAAAAUCCCAUUGUGUUACUUAGUGACUUUUACUAUGGACAGCAUAAAGGAGAUGGGCAGCCAGAACAGAAGACUCACACCACCUUUAAAUGCCUCAGUUGCGUGAAAGUUCUAAAAAAUGUUAAGUUUAUGAAUCACGUGAAGCAUCAUUUGGAAUUUGAGAAGCAAAAGAACGACAGCUGGGAAAACCACACCACCUGCCAGCACUGCCACCGGCAGUUUCCCACUCCCUUCCAGCUACAGUGUCACAUUGAAAAUGUCCACACUGCCCAGGAGCCCUCUGCUGUCUGUAAGAUCUGUGAAUUGUCAUUUGAAACAGAUCAGGUCCUCUUACAACACAUGAAGGACCAUCAUAAGCCUGGCGAAAUGCCCUAUGUGUGCCAAGUUUGCCAUUACAGAUCGUCAGUCUUUGCUGAUGUAGAAACACAUUUUAGAACGUGCCAUGAAAACACAAAGAAUUUGCUUUGUCCCUUUUGUCUCAAAAUUUUCAAAACAGCAACACCAUACAUGUGUCAUUAUAGGGGCCACUGGGGAAAGAGUACACACCAGUGUUCCAAGUGCCGGCUACAGUUUUUAACUUUCAAGGAGAAAAUGGAGCACAAGACCCAGUGUCAUCAAAUGUUUAAGAAGCCUAAGCAACUAGAAGGAUUACCUCCUGAAACAAAAGUUACUAUUCAAGUGUCACUAGAACCUCUUCAGCCAGGAUCAGUAGAAGUAGCAUCCAUAACUGUGAGCACAUCUGACUCCGAACCAUCACUCCCCAGGUCUAAAAGCAAAAUUUCAAAAAGUCCCAUUAAUUCUAGUUUCAGUAAAUCUAAAGCAAGUAUUUCAAACCAAAUUAAAAAACCUCAUAAAAACAAAAAAUACCAACCAUACAUUAUUCAGUAGCACCAAAAAUAGUGAAACUAGUGGAUUAUAUAUGACUUUUUAAACAAAAUUUAGAAU